UCAAAUUUUGCAUACCCCAAUAGACAUCAAGAAAACGAAGAGGCCACAGAAAACACAAACCAAAAAUCCCCAACCAAUUCAAAUGGAUGCCUCCAUCUUUCACUCUGCAAAUUCUGAUUUCUCAUCCGAAUCUUCUUUUAGAUCACCAGACUCUUUUUAUAGCCAAUCUUUUAACCAAAGUUCUCUCCCUUUCAAUGAAAAUGACUCCGACGAAAUGCUUCUUUUUGAACUAAUCUCGGAGGCUACUCAAGAAACAUCAAGAACAACUUUCUGUAAUGGAAUUGUUAAGGAAGAAGAGGUCAGUUCAGUUGCCAAAAAAACUCCCGACAAGGAAAAGUCCUACAGGGGUGUUAGGAGGCGGCCAUGGGGCAAAUUCGCAGCAGAGAUAAGGGAUUCCACAAGGAAUGGCAUAAGGGUAUGGUUAGGCACAUUUGACAGUGCAGAAGCAGCUGCUUUGGCUUAUGAUCAAGCUGCUUUUUCGAUGAGAGGACCUGGGACUAUACUAAAUUUCCCAGUUGAAAGAGUGAGGGAGUCGCUUAAGGAUAUGAAGUGUAGUCAUCAUUAUGAGGAUGGGUGCUCACCUGUGGUGGCUCUAAAGAGAAAGUACUCCAUGAGAAGGAAAUUGGGAAGCAGGGGCAAGAAAGAGAGGAAUGCAAGGAUAGAAAAUGUAGUGGUUUUGGAAGAUCUAGGUGCUGAUUAUUUGGAACAACUGUUGAAUUCAUCUGGAAAGGCUGCGAGUCCUUGGUGAAGUAUCUUGAUUUUAUAUAUUUCAUUUUUUUUUCUCCUUCCAUGAAAUUUAUUGAAAUGGUAGGAUUGAUCAUAUGCUGAAUCUACAUGUGUAUUUUUCUUUU